CGAAUUGCCGAACUGAACCAACUGCGAGACCUUGUCUAGUCUAGUUUUUUCCGUUUUACCUGCCCUAUAUGUCUCUACAAUCUCUCGCUCUCAUCCCAUUCUCAUUACUCUGUCUCAUCGCAGUCGUCCAGGGGCAGUCCUCAACGGCCUCGUCUACAACCAUCACGGGUAGCGUAACUGGGACCGCUAUUACCGAGCCCACAACUGUCUCAAGAUCAAGCUCAGCAAUGAGCAGCGGUACCGCAUCGAGUGGUAGUGCGAGUUUAAGUGUCAGUUCGACGCUCUCUGCGGCACUACCGAGUCUCAGCGGAUACUCGACAUGCGUGACGAAUUGUCUGCAGCUUGCCAUAGCCUACGCCAACUGCACCAGCGUAGCCGAUGUUGACUGUUAUUGCGGAACCACCAUCUUUCCCGCAAGCUUGACUGGCUGCAUCUCCUCUGAUUGUUCCGACCAGCUCUCGACUAGCGAAUCCCUAUCGCAACAAUUCUGCAAUUUGGCCUCGCCGAGCACCUCCCUCUCAUUCAGCGUCACGUCGAUCUCUUCUUCAGCAGCGAUGUCGAGUACCAGUGUUGGCACAACCACUCCUACAGGAACCAGUUCGACCAGCACCAAGACGACAUCCUCCAGCACCUCCAGCCGUUCAGUGAGCUCGGUAGCCUCAGCCUCAUCGAACGCGGCUCUAGGCAGAACAGUGGUAGCGAUUAGUAGUUCCGCAUUUUGGGCUGUCUUUGCUUUCGUGCUUGGUAUUCUUUUCAGCGGGGCGACCGUGUCCUAAUUUAUGCCAUUCCCGUUUUAUCUCAUGAAUUCAUUUUGCAUAUCAUCGUCGGAAAACCACCGCUAUACUUUACCAUACCCACUUAUGUUUUCCCAUGAAUAUGUUCCUACUGUCUACUAUUGCUUGCGAAUGCUUGUAGGGUCAUCACCGGAUCAUUCCAUCGUUAACCUACCGAGAGAGGUUUCUGAAACGAGACAUGACGGGCGGAAGAGAUCAAGCCGACGGUCUCGUCUCCUUCCAGUGUAGUAUCAGGCGAGGGUAAAUGUGCUAUGAUGGGAGGACAUGUCGUGGUAUUUUAACAUCGAGGAACGGAAAUCUGAGGACAGAAAAAAUAGAAGAAAUUGUCGAUUCAGACUUGAAUAAAUAUCG